AGUAUUUCGGAAUCAGCAAAUCGUUAUUCCCGAAAUACUACGGAAAGAAAUACUUUCCAUCAUACAUGAAGGACAUUUGGGAAUAGAAAAGUGCAAACAGCGUGCUAAAGAGUUAGUUUGGUGGCCGGGCAUGGGCGCUGACAUAGAGCAGAUGGUACAGCGCUGUGAGCUUUGCCAGCGACAUCGUGCGGCGCAGCCUCGUGAGCCGUUGUGCCCCCAUCCCGUGCCGAGCUUGCCAUGGCAAGUGGUCGCUGCUGACCUUUUCGAGUUCCAACAAAAACAUUAUUUACUGGUCGUAGACUAUUACUCGAAAUUUAUCGAAGUGGCGUCCUUGAAUAGCUUAACAAGUGGAACUAUAAUUAAUCAGCUGAAAAACUUUUUUGGGCGGUUUGGAAUACCACAGAAGGUAGUGUCUGAUAAUGGCCCCCAAUUUUCUGCGCAAGAAUUUAGUAACUUUGCUGGACACUAUGGAUUCGAACAUGUGACGAGUUCGCCGCUGUACGCUAGGUCUAACGGAUUGGUUGAACGCAAUGUACAAACGGUAAAAAAACUGUUUACCAAGGCACAAGAGGAUCACACUGAUUGGCAGUUGGCGUUGCUUAAUUUCAGAAACACUCCAAUAUCUGGAGAGCAGUAUUCGCCAGCACAGCUGUUGAUGGGUCGCAGGCUCAGAACACGACUUCCAGGUACAGACGAUAGCUUAAAACCGGAAACAGUAGAUCAUGCUACAAUUAAAAAAAUACGGCAACAAAAAACUACUAAAAUCAAGGAAUAUUACGAUCGUGGUACCAGGAGCCUUCCCCAGCUCAGACCAGAUGAGUCCGUGCGCAUGCGUGACAACAAAGUCUGGGUUCCCGCCAAAGUCGUAGGAGUUGCUCGCGGAGACCGUUCUUACUGGCUUACCACAGAAAACGGUCGAACAUAUCGGAGAAAUCGAGCUCAAAUCUUACAGCGGAACGAAGACUCAGACGAGGAGUACGAAGACGCAACACCUAAAAGUCCAGUUCCUAGAUCACCCCAGGGUGAACGCGAACCAGGUGGUAGUGGUAUCGUCACUAGAAGUGGAAGACAAGUUCGUCCGCCACAAAGAUUUAGUUUUGACUAAUUUUCGAUUCAAUGUGAAUUAUUUUUACUGACAGGAGAUAUAUAAUGUUAUGUUGUAUUUUGUAUUUUACUAAGUAUGAAAGAAGAUGUUAUGUUGUAUUUUUUAUAAUGUUUGUAUUUUCUUGUUUAAUGUUGUUCUUGUACUUGUUACUUAAUUCGUUAUAAGAAGGAAGAUGUAGUAGU